AUGAGCCAACAACCCUCUCAACAAUUGGAAUCCUUGGUGAGUCGUCUCGAAUCUGCCAUUUCUCGUCUCGAAAAGAUCAAUUUGGGUGGUAGCAGCAGUGGAUCUUCCAGUUCUAGUGGUGAAGCCCCAUCCGUGAGUGCUUUUAAGGAAUAUAUUUCCACUCAUGUUCAACCAUUGAUUGAUAUUUGUAAUCAAAUUGGUGGAGAAUGUGUGAAUGGUGGCAAAUUCAUUGCUGAUGCCUUUGCUGAAAUGCUCAAAAUCAUCACUUUGGCCAGUCUCGCUAAAAAACCCAGUGAUGACGAAUUUGGUAAAAUUUUAACUCCCUUGGGUCAAGUACUCAGUGCCUCUGGUGACUAUCGUUUCAAGAACAACAAGUCUGAAUUCUACAAUCACUUGUAUAGUAUUGAGGAAGGUUUAAAGUGUUUGAUUUGGCCUACCUCUCCUGCACCAGUCUCACAUGUCAAGGAAAUGGUCAAUGCUGCUCAAUUCUAUAACAAUAAGAUUUUGAUGGCCUAUAAGAAUACAGAUAAGGCUGAAUUGCAUCGUUCUUUUGUCAAUCAAUUCAAGACAGCUAUUGAAGAAUUGGCAGUGUAUGUAAAGGAAUAUCAUAUGAGUGGAUUGGCUUGGAAUGCAAAGGCUUCUCAAACAGCAAGUGCUUCCAUGUUGUUGGAGGGUCAAGGUGCAGGUGUUCAAAGUAGUAGUAGUAGUAGUAGUAGCAGUGCAAGUGGUGCAGGUGUUCCUCCACCUCCAUCCAAGAUGGUCAAUGUCUCUCAGGACUUUGUCAAUUCCUUAAAGACUGAAACUUCUUCUUCUUCUUCUGGAAAUGCUGGUGCCUUGUUUGCUGAAAUUGCUGCAAGAAAAGACAAUGCUUCUGCAGGUCUCAAGCAUGUGACCAAAGAUAUGAAGACUAAAUAUCAAACAGAUAAACCACCAGCCGUUGUACCAGGUAAUACAAGCAAACCAUCCUCCUCCUCUUCCACGACAACCACCUCUGCAAGUGCUCAAAAGAAGAAGGGUACUCCAAAAUUUGAAAGAGAUUCCUCUGGUAAGAAGUGGCAAGUCGAGUGGCAAAGUGGUGCUCAUGAUUUGAAGAUUACUGACACUGCUAUCGGACAAUCUGUCUAUAUUUAUCAAUGUAAUGACACCAUGGUUGAAAUUACCGGAAAAGUCAACAAUAUUGUUUUGGACAAGUGUUCAAAGACUUGUGUUGUUUUGGAUAGUGUUGUGAGUGGUAUUGAAUUGGUCAAUUGUCAAAGUUGUCAAGUGCAAGUCAGAGGUUCUGCUCCAACUCUUUCUAUUGAUAAGACUGAUGGUGCUAUUGUUUACUUGUCAAAAGAAUCCAUUCAUUGUAGAAUUGUUACUGCCAAAUCAAGUGAAAUGAACAUUGUGAUUCCAGAUAUGGAUUCCAAGGAUGAUGACAUGAUUGAAAUUCCACUCCCAGAACAAUUCGUGAAUACUUAUGAUCCAAAGACCAAGAAAUUCCACACUGAAUUGAUGAAACACGAAUAA